AUGCCUCUCGUCAGAAAUAUUCCCAGGAGCGAGGCCAGGUGGUCGAAGUUCAAGAGCGCCUACAUGUGGGGAAAUAAGGAAUAUUAUCUCCGACGGACCAAGUUCGCUGUGUACCAACUUGCUACCACCAAUGUCAACCUCGUAGUUGGGAUGGGAAUUGCGGUGCUGAGGGACUACAAGGGACUUUCAGCUCCAGCAGACUUUCCAAAUGCCACUAUCAAGAGUACAAACAUAGUUUACGCCAUUGCCGGCAACACAGCUGCGGCCCUCCUCGUAUCUGUUCUCUUCGGCACUGCCGUAUUCUUCGAGCUGUUCUGGCCGGAGCGGGAGGAAUCGACCUUCUUCCAAUGGUGUGUGAAGUUGGCCGCGGCUUGCACAGCCAUCUUUCAAGCAGCGUCGGCUUCAGCACUCACAUAUAUCGUGGUUAAAAAAGGAAUCGAAAUCCACGGAGUCUCAGCUGCAGACGAGGCAAGCAUUCGCGCAAAUUGGAGUGGACCUGCUCUAGAGUACAAGCAUGACACUUUAGCAUUGGUCGUUAUUGCGUUUAGCUUCAUUCAACUUGUCUUCAAUACUUGGAGUGUGUUAGUGAUGUGGAAAGCAUAUGCGCACAACAACAAAUAUGGCCCCUUCAAACAUCACGAAAGAAAGGGCCGUGGGUCGGAGACGGCGUCGCUGGAGCUCAGUACAGGCCAUGUCUAGAGGAUUUCUGUGAUGUGUGGUGGUCGGACGAAAUUGAAAAACCUUAUUGGCGUACAUGGUGAGUGGGAUAUGGGAGAAUCAUCGGAGUUGAAUCGUUCGCAGGCCCUAGGUUCAUGGCUGUUAUUUGGGAUUUCGGUUGCAAGCACGAUCAUAGCAUAGACAGAGCAAGCAGGUGUGUUCUUUUAGACAUGCGCAAAGACUUCAGCUAUAUUUUACGC